GGAGUGCAUGGCGCAGCGCAUGAAAAGUGUUCCGAGCACCCGAGUCUUUAGCCCCAAGCGAACCUCUGACACAGUUUGUACUACCGUAUUGAUUGUCGAGCAUCGUUGAUCGACAGUACCGUGUAUAGCACCCAUUGGAUAGGCUCGCUGGGCCCGCCGCUCCUUACCAAAUGACUGGCUGUUAACGAUGUUCGACAAACGAUACGGUACAAAACAGCUUACGCGGCAGUGCAAAGCUCCUUAUCAGUUGUCAGCCUGCAGUAUUUGGGACCUGCGUUGGGUGCAAGACAAGAGCGGGGUAAUUUCGUACACAGCCUCGUCAGGCAACCAGGCAAUCUCACGACGGGAUCCUACAUCAAGACCUCAUGGCGCUAGGCGCCUGGCGCGAACAAUCGCUUUUCCUCUGCUUCCAUCCCGAGGCCUGGAAAUUGGAUGCAAUUUGACACACAAUGAUCUGCGUCUUUAUCAUCUGUCUGUGGGUCUACAGUAUCCAAGUACUUGGUUAUCCCAUCCCUAUUCGCCCCACUCCAUCGGUAGAUUCACCAGGGGAUACACAAUGCGCGUCUAUCGAUACGUACACAGUGGAAUGGUUCUUGAGAGAGGCGUCUCGGCGGAAGGAUAUCGAUCUGCCACUCGACAAUGCUCUGUUCUACACUCGAGGCAUGAGUGACAUGGCGCAGGAGUACGCUUGCGAUCACGACCUCAUUACUAUCUGGAGUAUCUGGGAUCGUGCACUUUACAACCACCGCAAUGUCUCCACAAACGCGAUGCGGUGUAUCCAUAAUGACCAGACGAAACGGCAGCGGUUCUUUGCAAGCAUGUCCGAGGCCUACGCGACACUUGCGACCGGGACUGUCGUUGUCAUGCACGACGCCAACGAUUGGAUGCGUCCCCCAACGGAUGGUAUCUGGCACCAGGUGGAAUAUCAGACCAUGGUGCACAACGCAAAGACUGUCACGACAAUCCUCAAGCUGAAGGAGAAGGACAAUGCGUCUGCCUUGGUCCUCUGGGAUCGAGCACUGCCUCCUCUGUCUGAGCUCGGAAAGCCCAUCUCAGAAGUCCUAGCGACAGGGCGACAUGUUCCUCAUUUUCUCGGAAAUGCGAUGGACUGGAUCGCAGGGGCGGUUGAGUCCGCGAGGCAGGCUGUCCUGGAUCAGGAACAGCAACCCCAUACUGGCCAUACGAAGACAGCAUGUAGCGGAGUGUCUAAUUAUCCACUUGAGAUUCAUUGGUGAUCUGUUGUCCAGCGGUAGCAACGUUGAGUUUGAUCUGGAUGUC